AGUUAGCGUGGAGUUGAAACGGGAGACCGAGAGGAGGUCGCUGUAGUAGUUGUUUUUUAAAAGUUAAAGAAACUCGCAGGCGAACCAAUUCAGCGUGUGUCGUUUACAUGGUGACAAACUACAUACUCGGAGGUAACUACGUGUUGAUAUGUAACGGUCGAUCGCGGCGGUAAACAACAACAUUUAGCUCGCUGACUUCUGCAUGGUCGCUAGCUAGCUAACUGUUAGCUGUAGAAGCUACUUGGCUAGCUGGCUAGCGAGGUCCAGCCCAAAAGUUGUUUACCCCAAGUUGUGGAUGUGGUGUGUCCCCCCCCGAGCUUUUCGCGACUUUUCUCUGGGAUAAGAGAGCAAGGACCAAAUAUUCACACUGGAUUUAACACUGUGCGCUGUUAGGAAACUAGCAGGAUGUCCACAGAGGUUGAGUGUAUUAAUCAGGUCGACUCGGGUUUGACAGCGGAGAGCCAAAACAAGUCCGGGGGGGCUCACCUGCAGAGAGAGCACGAAGAACAGGGGCAGAAACAACUAGCAGAUGGCCCCAACUCCGAGGCAGCCAAGAGCCCGACGGACAUGCACAAGAACUGCAACGAAAACGAUAAAGAAAAUGACCAAAGCAGCAGCAGCAGCAGCAGCGCCGACUUGGCUGCGGAGACGGUGAAGAGGAAAGUUGUCGAAGCUCCUCCGCCGAAAGUCAACCCGUGGACCAAGAGGACCACGGGCAGGGUGCCGAGCAACAACAUCAACUCCAGCUCUCAAGAGAAAGAUCAACAAAACACUCUGAAAGUUGUCCGUGCCAGCAAGCCCAGACCAAGAAAAACCAGCAAGUCAAGUGACUUCAGCGAUAUCACAAACUGGCCCACACCUGGGGAACUGGCCAAAGAGCAACAACAAAAUGUCCUCAACAACAAUGGAAAGAAGCCGCCCCCCUCGCGCAGAGAGAAGGAGAAGAGCAGUGAGCGAACGGAGAGAAAAUCGGAGAGCAGCCAUGACGGUGGUGAGAGCAAAGAGAACCAGGAGGCUCAGCCGGACCCGCUGGGAGAGCUGCCCAAAGACGGAGAGUCAAAGGCGGGACAGGACACCAAGAGCGCCACCCUGAAGAAGAGAGGAGGUGGAGGUAACAAACGUAAGUGGGUUUCUCUGCCGCUGGAGGAUGCGUCCCGGGACGACGGUGACAAGACGGCCGGCGGGGGCCCAGCACGCUCGGACACAGAGCCUACAGGCGACUUACCUGACCCCACGUCUCCCAAUCACACACUCCAUAAUAACAGGGCGCAUGAUAGCAGCAGGAGUUGGAGAAGAGAGCAGCGGGACUUUGGAGAUGAGACCGCCAGCGUCCGGAGUGACAGUGGGAGCAUUCGUGGAGGAAUACGAGGCAGAGGGAAAGGUCGUGGACGCGGGAGAGGUCGUGGUCGAGGUCGUUAUGAAUACUCUCAGAACUUCCGGGACUCUCAGUCGUCUGACGGCUCUGUUCAGGUCCCCUCAGAGUUUGGCACCAACAUGGUUUACUACUACGAUGAUGGCAGCAAGGUCCAGAUGUACACAGUGGAUGAAAAGCUUCUUAAAGAAUACAUCAAACGCCAAAUUGAGUACUACUUCAGCCUCCACAACUUAGAACGGGACUUCUUCCUGAGGAGAAAGAUGGACGCGCAGGGCUUCCUCCCCAUCUCCCUCAUCGCCAGCUUCCACAGAGUGCAGGCUCUCACCAUGGAUAUCACCCUCAUCAUGGAAGCUCUGAAGAGCAGCAAAGAAGUGGAGCUGGUGGACGACAAGGUUCGCUGUAAAGUCGACCCAGAGCGCUGGCCCAUCCCCACCCCUACCAUCGUGGGUUCCCCUCGGACCGACUUCUCCCAGCUCAUCAACUGUCCCGAGUUCGUUCCUCGACAGACCCUCAGCUCCACAAACUCUGCUUCAUCGCCUGUGGAAAAGACUCCUCCCGAGUCUGCCGAGCCUCAGGAAUCUGCUGAACCCAGCUCCUCCAGCCAGGAGUCCCUUCCAGCCUCAGACGCCUCCACAGACACCCCCCAGUCCGACCCCGACGCGUGGAUCCAGGUGGAGAAACGCCACCGACAGCCCCCCGGAAAGGCAAAGGAGCGCAGCGAGGCGCCUCCGCGCAGCCACCAGGCUCCUCCGCAGGCCGAGCCUGACCAGGAGGAGCUGGACUUCCUGUUCGAUGAAGAAAUGGAGCAGAUGGCGCCCAGGAAGAACAAGUUCACCGAUUGGUCAGAUGAGGACGACUCUGACUAUGAGCUUGACGACCACGACGUCAACAAGAUCCUCAUCGUCACUCAGACCCCUCCCUACGUUCGUAAGCACCCCGGUGGCGACCGGACGGGGAACCACGAGUCCCGAGCCAAGAUCACCACCGACCUGGCCAAAGCCAUCAACGACGGGCUUUUCUACUAUGAACAGGACCUGUGGAAAGAAGAGGACCAGAUCGAGUGCAGCAAACAGGAAGUGGAGAACUUCAAGAAGCUGAACAUCAUCACUAAAGAUGAGUUUGACACUCUCACCCCCAAAGUGCCCGUUGACCCUAACCAGGAAGUCCCACCUCUUCCAAUGCCAGUCUCAGUGGACAGCGGAGCAGAAUUGGCCCACUCUUUGCCUACAACGGUCCCAGAGUCGCCCAGCGCUCACCAACCCCGAACUCCAAAAACGCCUCGCACCCCCGGACGCCAGGACCCCAACAAGACGCCUCGCUUCUACCCCGUCAUGAAGGAGAGCGGCACCAUCGAUGGGCAGACACCGAGGAAGAAGAAAACCAGCCACAGUUCGAACCCUCCUCAGGAAGCCCACAUCGGCUGGGUGAUGGACUCCCGCGAGCACCGGCCGCGCUCUGCAUCCAUCAGCAGCUCCAACGCCUCUCCGUCUGAGGGAGCUCCUCUGGCAGGAAGUUACGGCUGCACCCCCCAGUCUCUGCCCAAAUUCUGGCAUCCAUCCCACGAGCUGCUGAGGGACAACGGCUUCACUCAGCAGGGAUACCACAAGUACCGCCGACGGUGCCUGAACGAGAGGAAACGGUUGGGGAUCGGACAGUCACAGGAGAUGAACACUCUGUUCAGGUUCUGGUCCUUCUUCCUGAGGGACAACUUCAACAGGAAGAUGUACGAGGAGUUCAAACAGUGUGCGCUGGAAGAUGCCAAAGAAAACAACAGGUACGGACUGGAGUGUCUCUUCAGAUACUACAGCUACGGUUUGGAGAAGAGAUUCAGGUUAGAUCUGUUCAAGGACUUUCAAGAAGAGACCCUCAGGGACUUUGAGAAAGGUCAGCUGUAUGGACUGGAGAAGUUCUGGGCCUUCUUGAAAUAUUCCAGGAUGAAGAAGCAGCCCAUUGACCCGAAGCUGCAGGAACACCUCUCCAAGUUCAAGAACCUGGAGGACUUCAGGGUGGUGCCCCCGAUGGGAGAGGAGGGAGGCAGGAGGAGACGCCAUUCAUCCUCGGCUGGGGAUGAAGGGAGGCGUCGGCGACAUCCUUCCAACACUACCUCAAAGCCCACGCAGGCCUCCAAAUCCUCCAACGCCGCCUCUGCCUCCGCCACCGCCACCUCUGCCUCCGCUGCACAGAACACACCCAAAGACAACACCCAGAAAACACCAGCCGCCUCCGCCACCCAGGGAAAGAGGGCCGAGCCCAGGACCGGGAAGAAGGAAAGUGUGGCACCAAGUAAAUGAAGCUCAGUCCUGUAGACGCGGGUUUGGAUGAAAGAGACGAGGGAGGCGGCGGCAGCAGCUCUGAGCUCGGCGUUCGCUCUUUUCAGCGGCAAGCUGAUUGAGUAUGAAGAGAGACUGAGCGAGGUUCACUUAAUUUGAUUGUUUUUAUCUGUGCAUUUCAUUUUAAAGCAAGCAAGCAUAGGCAGUGAGCUUGAGUCUGUGCGCCUGACAGCUCAUAACGUUUACAAAACAAACAAAAAAAAAUGCAUUCCCUGCAUUUUGCCUUUUAUUCUCCCAGACGCUAAACUCGUCAACAAGUUUGUUGAUCUCCACAAUCUGUAAACAGCUCUGGUCUGUAAAGAGCUCUCAGCCUGUUGAACUGUGAUUCUAGUUUGCCAAGAUAAGAGAUACUGCAGAUAGUCUUGUGUGUGCCUUAAUCUGAUUUAGCAGGAAGACGGGAGGGACUGUGUCUAAAUUCUGCUCUCUGAGGUCUUCCCCGAUUGAUUAUUUGGGGGUUUGAAUGUGUUUAAAAACUGACACCACUUGCAGGUUUUUCUUUUCUUGAGUAAUAAAUAUCUUUUCGUUUUCAUCGUGACAAUCAUUGUUGACAGCUUCAGUCGUAAAUUUGUGAAGGAUAGACCGAGAGGCUGCUGCUCCAUAACGGAUGUACCCUGUUGUUUUUAAGUCUGACUAAUUUCACAGGCAUCACAGCCAAACUAUAAUGUCCGUUUUUAAUUAAAACCUGCAGAAAUAAAUUUAUCUGGGAAGCUUUAAGUCCCGUUUUACACCCAGAGGUAGUAUAAUUUAUUGUUUUUAUUUUUCCAUUUACUUGAUUUGAUGAAAUAGUCUUAGUUAAUCAUUGCAGUUUUAAUGGCUUUUGCUAUUGAAUAUUAUAUAAGAAAAGGAAAUGUUUCUGCUGGAAUUAUGGGUGUGAGCGAGCAUCAUAAAACUACAGUAUAUUUUUAGCUGCUUUUUGAAGUUUACUUCAUAUUAUGUUUGAGGCUUUGUGCUCUAAAGCACUUAAAUCAUUAACUUUUACUUUAUCAAUUGACUUUAAAAAAAGGUUUUAGUGUUGAAUUUAAAGAAAAAAAUGUAAAUACUAUAAAAAAUCAUUUGCUAUUCAAUAAUUCUUUUGAUUUUAAGAAGUGAUUUGUUUUAUCGGUAGUAGGUUUUGAGUGUGUUUUAGGGUAAAGUAAUGCAUGUUAAUGCCAGUCAUGAAUUGUGAAAUGCAAAAAAAUAUAAAAUAACCCUUGAUUGUA